AUGAACUCCAAGGAUGAUGAUACAACUGGACUUGUACUCUCCUCCUUAGUGAGUCCUACAACAUCUACACCUCUCGAAUCAACUCAGCCGCCAACCAAAGAAAAUAUGGAGGAUGGUUCAACUGAGAAAAAUGUAGAGGAUGCCAAUGUAGAGCUCAAUUUUGAGGAGCCUCUCGAUGACAGACUACCAGCUCCCCACCAAACCAACCCUGUUGGUUAUGUCAGCAUUGCUGAACAUCGAAAAUUGUUGGCUAAAGUGGAUGACCUCACCUUCAAGUUCGAUUCUUAUGUAGCAAAAUCUUGUGUUCAGCAACAACAUCCUGUCGUAACCACCGUUCUGAAAACCAGUGCUGGAAGGGAGUAUGAACUGCAAAGUUUAUUUUACGAAAGAGCUUGCCUUGCCCCUACUAUGCAAGCAGUCGUCAAAAAUAUGGCGUUGGCAUUGCUUUCGCCAGGAGAGUCGGGGCUUGCACUUUUCCGGUGUCGAGGUGAAUUGGAUGAAGAAUUACCUCAUGAUUUUAUCGUGAAAUUGAAAGCUGUGUGCAGAGCGGCACUGCGAAAAAAAGACCGUCAUUCGAAUAAUCCAGCUUUGAGAAUUAUGAAGUGUGGCGAAAAUGAAGCCGUUAAAAACAAAGGAAAUGGUGGGCAUAACAGUGGAAUAAGCACAGCAACAAUGUCUUUGGAGGAACGAAAGGUCCAUUUUUCCGCAUUGCUGACUCCUAGUCGACUGACCCAUUGGGCAUCGCUCGGCUUCGCCGAUCAUCGACGUUCUAAAAAAAGGACUCAAUCUAGUCAAUAA